AUGAGCUCCGACACCCCCAUCCCCAUCCCCUCGGGCUACUCUCCUCCCUUCGAAGUCGUCGAUGACCUCCACCAUGGCGCUUGGGUGAUCAUCGCGACGGCGUUGGGCCUGGUUAUUGCGCUCGUCUCGUUCCUGAUUCGCGUGUAUGUGCGCGUCGCGUUGAAUCCGCCGUUCGCGGUGGAUGAUGGGGUCUUGUUGGGUGCUACGGUCGUGGCUGUCAUUCAAUCCACGCUUCUCUUCCUCGCCGUCUCAAAAGGCUUCGGUACCGCGAUGGAUUUGCUAUCUGUUGCGGAGGUGAAUGUGGUUCAAAAGCUCAUCACCACAUCCGACAUCCUCUACCUCAUCACCAUCUACAUCACCAAGGCCUGCGUCGUGGGAAUCCAUCUACGUUUGACGCCGCAGAAGCGACAUAAUCAACUAGCCUGGGCUACGUUGGGCCUGUGCACGGCGUGGAUCGUGACGGCGUUGUUCCUGGUGACUGUGAAUUGCGAGUUGAAUAAACCGUGGAAGGGGACGGGGGCGGAGUGUGUUAACCUGCUCCCACGAUGGCAAUUCAUCGUCUCCAUCGACAUCUUCACCGAAGUACUUCUCUUCGGCCUCGCAGUCACCUUACUAGCCGGGUUAUUCAUGCCCUUGAAACGCAAGAUAGCGAUCGGGUGUGCCUUUAUGUUUCGAUUACCGUUAAUAAUCCCAUGUACAUUCCACCUCAUAACGCUAACCCAAAACCUGCAUUCCUACGACGCCACCCUCGCCUCCGUGUCCCCGAUCAUCUGGGCCCAGGUCGAACUGGACUAUUCGCUGGUCGCGUGCAGCGUGUUUUGUCUGCGGCCGUUCAUGGCGGCUGUGAGUACGAAUUAUGGGACUGCGGGGGAUGAGAUACUGGAGAGUGGGAAUGCGAGUGAACAGAGUCGGGAGCAGCGGACGAGGGUUCAUGGGUAUAACCAUACACAUGGGAAUGGGGAGCCAGGGCAGGAGGGGGGUCAUGAGACAGGGAGUAAGAGUAAGGAUGCGGGUGGGAUAGGGAAAGAGGGAUCUGAAGGGGGAACAAUGGGUCGUGUUAUGUCAGAGGAAGGGGGAAUAAUGAGAUGGUUUUCGAGAGGGAAGAGGAGGACUUCCGGAGAGGAGGGGAUUGAAAUGGAACGAGAGACCGGGGAGGGUCAUGAUGGGAGGAAGAUGGUGAUUCGGAAAGACGUGCAGUAUUCGGUGGAGUUCAAGAACAACAGUCGAGCGGAUGAGGACGUGCCGAAUGAGAUGGAGUACUGGGAUCGAUAUUUGGAUCCGAGGCCGUGA